AUGGAGAUGAUGCUGAUGCAGAACACCCAGAUGCACCAGAUCAGCAUGCAGAUCAUGAUGCUCAAAGCCCUGCCAUCCUCGGCACCUGCUGCUCCAGGGCUGCACGCCAUUGCCCUGCACCCCAGCCUCCAGGAAGCGUACUUCUGGCCUACAGCCGCGCGCCUGUGGAAGGCCCUCACCUUCUUCGUCGCCCUCCCGGGGGUGGGAGUGAGCAUGCUGAACGCCUUCCUGAAGUCGCAGCAGGAGCACGAGAGACCCGAGUUCGUGCCCUACGCUCACCUCCGCAUCAGGUCCAAGAUCACGGCCGAGGUGAUCGAACACCUGGAGCGCCUGGCGCUGGUGGAUUUUGGCAGCCGCGAGGCUGUGGCGCGGCUGGAGAAAGCCAUCGCCUUUGCCGACCGGCUCCACGAAGUGGACACGAACGGCGUGGAGCCCAUGGAGUCGGUACUGGAGGACAGGUGCCUGUACCUGAGAUCUGAUGACAUAAAAGAAGGCAACUGUGUUGAAAAACUACUUCAGAACUCUCAACGGGUCGUGGAGGAGUAUUUCGUGGCCCCUCCAGGUAAUAUCUCACCGGCAAAGCUGGAAGAUAAAGAACCCCCUCAAGGCCACAAAGGGAGUAACCUGUAAACAUUAACAUUCCCAUUUUGCUCAGUCACCCGACAAAAAUGGACUAACAGUGUUCAAUAACGGACUCUUCUGAAGGCAGAACUGGGGAAGCACUGAAUUCCUGGUGGUAGUGGACACGAGGCCUUAUCAGCUUUGGAGGAAAGGUAUCCAGUGUUCACUUACCCACCUGGCCUAUGACAUCGUCUCCCUCACCUCUCUCCCCACCUCCCACAAAAAAGCUACGUCCCAAAUUCAGUCAAGUUUUUCGGUUCCUCAAGUGGCAAUGCGAUAUGAUCACUCACCAGGUGACAACCUGAGUUACCAUUUUGAGCUGCUUUCUUUUGACCUGAGAAACAAUCAGCCUUUCCUCUAACAGAACUUUCUCAGACUUGUCACUAGAUACUCACUAGACUCCAGGCAGGGCUAACUUUGCCUAAAGUCUGAGAACCGUUCGAAAUAGAUUAUGGUGAUAACAUGCAAAAAAAGAUGUCUACCACAUGUAAAAGUUUCAUUCUGAGAUGAGAACUCUCACCCAAGGCAGUAACUCCUGCUCCCCAACCCCUAUUUUCCUCUACCCUGCAAUGAUUGUGACGUGAAAUAAAUCUAAGAUGUUGUGUUUGCA